AAACACCUGUCGUUUUAUAAUGUAGAUUUUCCAGGUGCACCGGGUGAUAUUCCGUUGAUAUGGCUCGCAAGGUCACCCAGAUAAUUGAAGCCGGUAAUAGAAAUUGAGUAAAACAAGAAUAGAAUUACAGGCGAUUGGUUCACCAACAAUUUUGUUGUUACCUUCAAUAUUUUUUUAUUUUUAUGAAAACUGCCCUUUAUAUAAAAUUGUCUUAUAAGCACUAUAAAUAUAAUAUUAGAGCAAAUAAUCGCAAAAGCUGCUUACACAAUGAAAUAGUUGACGACCUAUUUUGGGACUUUCACCCAUAUUAAGUUUUGAGAAGAUGCAAGAAAUUAUAAAAGAGGUAACAAAGGCGGCGUUUACACCAGAUCUAUGGUAUUUCUAUAAUCGAAUAAUUGAGGCAGAUAAUUACAGUAGUGAAAGUGCAGAGCAAUAAGAGAAAGAUGUUGAUAUCGUUUGAAAAUUUAAAUUAUAUUUGUAUUGUAGUUAAUAAACUUGAUAUAUUUGUGGUUUGUCGAUCGUCAAUUGUAUGCAUGUAUUUAUAGAAUUUUAUAAAAAAUUUCUUAAUCAUAAAGAAAGCAUUGUUAUUACCCACGACAAAAACAAUGGAAGUUCUAUAUAAAAAAAUACAACAAAAAAUAAUGAAACUAAUGGUGCAAUAACACAAGAUAAAUGUACAUUAUAUAUAAAGCCGUCAGUUCGAAUAUUAUAUUAUCUAAUAAAUAAACGUACAAACAAUAUAGCCGAAGUCCAAGCUAGAGAAUUAUCUUAAAAUUUAAAUUUUAUUUGUGUUGAUUUGUCGACCGUCGUAUAUACUGCGAGGGAAUACGACAUGGGAAUGCUUAAUAAUUUGGCAGAUUUAAUCAAAGUGAAGAAGGAUAAAAUGACAAUAUUGGUGCUGGGCCUAAAUAACAGUGGCAAAUCGACAAUAGUGAAUCACUUCAAGAAAUCAAAUGAACAGUCUGCAAUAAUGGUGCCAACAGUUGGCUUUCUGGUCGAACAAUUUUACACCAUGGGAGUGAGUAUUAAGGCUAUGGAUAUGUCCGGCGCUACACGCUACAGAAAUCUUUGGGAACACCAAUUCAAGAACUGUCAAGGCAUUAUUUACGUUAUUGACUCCAGUGACAGAAUGCGAUUCGUUGUUGUUAAAGACGAACUAGAUAUCGUGCUACAGCAUCCAGAUCUUUGCAAUCGCACAGUCCCCAUACUUUUCUAUGGCAACAAAUCAGAUCUCGAGGAUUCGCUGUCCAAUGUCAAAAUUGCUGCAGGUAUGUUGUUUAGCUGUGUACAAAUGGAUUUCAUGCUGAAUUCAACGCGUUACAUUUUAGCUUUGGGAUUGGAUAAUAUCAAGGACAAACCUUGGCACAUCUGCUCCAGCAACGCCAUCUCUGGCGAAGGCUUGGACGAGGGAGUUCAGUGGUUGGUGCAACAAAUUCGCUUCGCAGUGCUAAGCCAUAGAAAGGGCAGCAAGUCCAAGAAUAACGCCAAGAGCAAUAAAUAAAAUACUUAAUGUUUGUGUAAACUUUCAACUUAAACUUGUAGUUUUUCAUUAAUUUUGACCGAUGCGCCGGCGGCUUUAUUAUAGAAUUCAUCUUAUAAAAACACCCAGUUGAAUGUGAGCUUAUUUCUUGCUGUUCAGGAUGAUACCAUCGUAUUUCUGUUGGAACCAUUUCAUGGCAUCCUCCUUCGUCAGACGGUGAGGGAAG